AUGACCCACGUCACCAUUCUAACUGGAGCAUCCAAAGGAAUCGGAAGGUCAAUUGCUGAGGUUCUUCUCAAGAAAGAUGCCAGCUACAAGUUGAUCGCAGUAGCCAGAAGUGGUUCAGACUUGAACGAGCUAGUUAAACAAUUCGGAGCAGACCGUGUAUGCGUCGUUGUAGGCGACGUGACGGAAGCCGAGACGUCUCAAAAAGCUGUGAAUUUGGCAGUAUCAAAGUUUGGCCAGCUAGAUUCUGUCAUAGCCAAUGCUGGAGUGUUGGAUCCUGUAGGUCCUUUCCAGAGUGUUGACAUUGCUAAAUGGAGGAGACUUUUUGACAUCAAUUACUUUUCUGUUAUCGAAUUGAUCCAGGCCAGUUUGCCUGAGUUGAGAAAGACCAAAGGGAACGUAAUUGCUGUUUCUUCUGGUGCCUCCACCAAGCCCUACAGUGGCUGGCAUGCCUACGGUGGCUCCAAGGCUGCAGUGAACCAUUUGAUAGCAUCAGUGGCUGCCGAUGAGCCAGAUGUUCUGGCUUUGUCGAUUGCUCCUGGUGUAGUAGACACUUCCAUGCAAAAGGAUAUCAGAGAAAAAUUCGGCAAGGGCAUGGAUCCCGAGAGCUUGAAAAGGUUUAUAGAUUUGCAUGCCAACAACGAGUUGCUUCAACCCGAUGUGCCAGCUCGUGUUUACGUCAACUUGGCUACCGAGGGCUGGAGCAAGGAUAUUGAUGGCCAAUACUUGAGAUUCAACGAUGGGGUGUUGAAGAAGUAUGCUUAG